UAUUACAGGUAGACUAUAAAAUCGUCAAGCUGACGUCUUGUACAAUAAGAUUGAAUACCAAACUAGUUUUAGCAGGUGAAGCAAAAGGCAUUUUUUUUGUCACUUGAGUAUAGUGAUGUCUAUCUGGCUACCACUGUUGCUACACCUGUCCGUCUGCACAGGUGUGGCUUGUGUCUCGUUGCGCUUCAGUUCCCACGUCGAGCAGAGUAGACCUUCCCUUCACGAACCCGUUGAUCCUGAAAUCUAUAUGAAUGCCGCAAAGUUGAUUACCAGCAAAGGGUACCCUUGUGAGGAACAUUGGACAACCACCGACGAUGGCUACAUCCUGAACAUGCAACGGAUACCUAGAGGAAAACGAUCGCGAGACACAGGUAUCAACUCAUGUCGUUUCUCCCCCUCCUGUAAAGUCAUACGCCAAUUAACAUUCACACAGGUUGCCAUGACCAAAUACACAUUACUUGAAUACAGCUGGGACGAGAUGGCGAAGUCUGACUUGAAGGCUAUGUUUGACUAUAUCCUGACUUACACCGAGCACAACGACCUAUACUACGUCGGCCAUUCCCAGGGCACCUUGAUUGGGUUCGCAGGGUUCAGUUCCAGUUUUGAGCUCGCAUCUAAGGUCCGCACGUUUUUUGCCUUGGGACCAGUGACCACCGUAGGCUCUAUCAAAAGUCCAAUCCGAUACCUGGCUCCAUUUUCGCAUGAAAUAGAGUUCCUGGUAGAUUUGCUUGGCCAUGGUGAAUUUCUCCCUAAUGAUGAGAUUAUGAAGUGGCUUGCUAGAGGUAUUUGCAACGAUGGUGUCAUCCUCUGCGAGAAUGUCUUUUUUCUGCUCGGAGGGUUUGACAAAAGUCAGAUAAACGAGUCAAGAGUUCCAGUGUAUGUGGCUCACAACCCGGCAGGGACAUCUACCAAGAACAUGGUUCAUUUUGCUCAGCAAGUCUUGAGCAACAAAUUCCAAAUGUUUGAUUAUGGUUCAUCAGAAGAAAAUAUGAAACAUUACAACCAGUCCAAGGCGCCAUUGUAUAAUCUGGACAACAUGUAUAAUUCUGUAGCCCUGUUUUGGGGCGACAUGGACUGGCUAGCCGACCCAAAAGACGUGGAAGGCCUUAUUCCAAAGAUCAGAAACCUUGUUGUUAACAAGCAAAUUCAAGCCUGGGAUCAUUUUGACUUCAUCUGGGGAAUGGACGCACCGACAGUCUGCUACAAAGACAUCAUCAAAUUAAUACGCAAGAAGGAAAACUGGGAAUAGCACCUAUAUCAGCCUAUGUACAUGUGUACUUUGCUGUUACGUCAGACAUUGUCACUCAGAUAUAUAGCGAUGAUUAUGUAUAAGACUGUUUUAUUAGGUGUCAAUGUCCCAAACAACCCAUAAACAAGACUUGUUUAAUAUAUUCUCCCAUACAUGUAUACUUAGACUCGACACACUGCUUUCUAUUGCUUUCUUCUUUGUUUCUGGGAACAUAUUGCUUAGGUGAACUUGAGUCUUUGAACGCAGUGUCGUCUGUAUAUUGAAUGUAUAUAUUGAAGUUUAAAGUAUACACUGAUGCUUGUUUGUUUCUUUUCGAUCUUGGAAAUUCUAGUCAAUCAGCAUUCGUUAUAAUGCCAGUUUUUCUUUAAACUUUUAUCCUCUUAACCGCAUUUUACAUUUGAUAUACUAGUAGAUGUUAGUUGGGAUAAAACAUCCUUGUGAAAAUAUUACAUAAGUAUUUAUAUCUGCGUGU